AUGGCUCCCGAGAGACUCCUGGGGAAGCCGGACUACGACGAGCUCGUGGACGCCUGGUCGCUCGGCUGCGUCAUGGCGGAGCUGCUCGCCGGCGAGCCAUUGUUCCGUGGCCACAGCGCGACCGACCAGCUCCUGAGAAUCUUCCGCGUGCUCGGCGGCACGUGUAUGGCAUCCACGCCGCUCGCCGCCGCGGGGCAGAAGCUGCUGACCCGCCGAGGCGGCAGCCGGCUUCGUGAGCUGUUCCCCGAGGAGCGCCUGUCGCGCGACGGGUCCGAGGUUUUAGAGGGGCUCCUCACGUGGGACCCCGGCGAGCGUCCGCCAGCGGCCAUGGCGCUCGCAAAGUGUUUUUUACUGGAGCCGGGAGCUACCGGUGAUCUUUCCACCAAUGAGGUGCUGCCAUAUCUAAAGUUGUGA